AUGUCGCUGGACACAUCAAAAAUCAAAACCCUAACUCCAUCUCAGUUCAUCACUUUCACAAUUCCAAACCCUAUUCCACACCCUACCGCACGCCACUGCUAUCUCCGCAGUCCGGUGCUCCGCGUCGCCCUCCUUGAUUCUCCAAUCGUCACCUCUGAUGGUGAUGUUCCAUUAAUCGCCGCCAUGGUUGUACCGGGCCACCGGGAAUCAGACUGGAUCUUCUCUACUGAAUCCGGCCAUUUUCAGCUCUUAUUCAACUUCUCCAACGUCUCCCGCUUGGUUCUUAUCGGUAAUAAUCCCCCGCCUAAUUCAGAACCCUCCAUUUAUGUCCGCCCUCCGGUUACUGAUACCGUCGAUAAGGAGAAAUUAGAAGAUGAACUGAAACCAUUAGUAAUCGCUCUGCAUCCCGUAGAGUGUUUUCAAAAUGGUUUGCCCGAACCCGUAUUUUUGACAUAUGAAGAUACUACGCUGUAUCGUGUGACUAUAAAUAGAUCUGUGGGUCCCUUUGUUGGUGAAUUUCUUGUUGAAGAUGUUGAAGUGGAAAGUAACGUUGAUUGCAAUAAAGAUUUGAGAAGGAGGUUGAGGUUUAAAAGAAUGCCUAACUUGAUACAAUCAGAGAUCCCUCUUAUUCCUACUGUUGGUAAUGUCGUGGGUAAUUUGGGGUUAGAUUUGCCAAGUUUGAGGAAAAUGAACGAAGUGAAGUUUAGGGUUGAUACAGGGGUUUUGAUUCAGCCAUACUUGACUGCUAUGGUUUCUGGUCUUUUCUUGAUUGUUUCACUUCUUGAUCGGCGGAUGAAACAAGGGUUUAUUCCAAGAGCUUUGUGCUUAGGGGUUGGAGGUGGUGCUUUGUUAAGUUUCUUGAACACUCGACUGGGGUUUGAAGUUGUUGGAGUGGAGGCCGAUGAGGUUGUUUUAAGCGUUGCAAGGCAGUAUUUUGGGUUAAAUGAUAGGAAUUCUAUUCGACUAAUUCUUGGAGAUGCUAUCGAAUUGAUUGAAAAGGCUGCCAGCCGACGAACGAAAGGGGACACCCAUGAUUUGCAGGUUAAUAUUGAUUGUUUGAAUGCUAAAUUUGAUGUUGUGAUGGUGGAUUUGGAUUCAAGUGAUGCUAGAACCGGCAUUAGUGCUCCUCCACCGGAAAUUGUUAGGAAGCCCGUUUUCCAGGCUGCUAGAUCAGUUCUUCAUGAUCAUGGUGUUUUUGUCAUCAAUGUAGUCCCUCCUGACGAACGUUUCUAUGUGACACUGAUACAAGAACUUCAAGAUGUUUUUCACAAGGUCCAUGAAAUAAAUGUUGAGAACGAAGAUAAUUUUGUUCUUGUGGGCACCGUGUCGCCAAUAGCAUCUAAUGACCAUGACAAUGCUUUAUCCAGAAGGCUGAGAUGUGCGAUUUCUGGAGCAUCUAUAGACUCUAUAAUGGAAUUAUGA